UCAAAACACAAGCUCGAUCAGCGAUCACUAAUGGCGUCCAACAGAGCUCUUACCGUCGCUGUUCUUGUGGUGCUAGUUUCAGUAGGCGUUGCAAAGGGCAGGCCGGUGAGGAGCAACCUGGGCCUGGGCAUCGGUGCCAAUGGCGGCCUGGGCAUUGGGCUUGACCUUGGGCUCGGUGGCGCUAGCUCGGCGUCCAGUUCAGGCCAGGGAUCGGGUUACGGUGCGUGGUCCGGCCCAAAUGGGGGUUCCUACACCGCGUCCGGUCAGGGGUCGACCACGGGCUCCGGGUUUGGUUACAGCUCCGGCUCCGGCUCUGCCUAUGGAGCCGGUAAGGGGGGCUCGGCUGCUGGUUGUGGUUCCGGCACGUCAUCCUGCUCAGGCUCAGGGUCGGGCUUGGGCUCAGGGUCGAUAGGUUUGGGCACAUCGAUUAACGUUGGGGUUGGGGUCGGUUCCAACGGUGGGGCUAGCGGUGGGUCAGAUUGUAACACCGGUUCUGGCUCAAACUAUGGUUCUGGCACGGGCUCCGGCUCGAGUGGAGUCACGUACCAUUCGCGUGGGCACGGGUCUUCCAAUGUCGGUUCGAGUUCAGGUUCAAGUUCAGGGGUCGGUUUGGGUGCAUCGAACGGUUUCGGUGGCGGGUCUAGCAUUGGGCUAAGUGGUGGAUGUUCGAAUUGUGGGUCUGGGUCUGGUUCGGGCGCCGUUGGUGGUGCAUACUCGGGAUCAGCUGGUGGCUCUGGCUCAUCAGCGAACUUUGGAUCUGGUUCUGGCAUGAGCACAGGCUCGGGUUUUGGCGCAUCUGGUUCUGGCUCUAUGUCCGGGUCAGGCUCGUCAUCUGGCUCUGGAGGAAUGUCCUACGGCUCCUCAGGUGCCGGUUCAUCUAUUGGAGCGAGCAGCGGCUCUAACUCUAACUCCGGCUCCGUGUCGAGUGCAAACUCAGGCGCUGGUUCGUUCAGUGCAUCAGGCAGUGGCUCAAACUCCAUGUCUGGUUCCGGGUCAAGCUCAGGCUCUAACGCCGCAUCCGGCUCGAGCUCAGGAUCUGUUAGUGCAUCAGGAAGCGGCUCCAACUCUGGUGCGGGUUCAGGUUCCAGCUCCACAUCAUGGUCCGGCUCUGGUACUGGGUCCAAUGCAGUGUCCGGCAAUGUGGCUCAGGCAGAGGCAGGGACGGGGUCAUCGGCCGCCGCUGGCUCGAACUCCGAAUCUCGCUCGUUUUCCGGUGCAAAUGCCGGCUCAGACUCAAAUUCGGGUGCAUGGUCUAACUCCAACUCAGGCGCUAGCUCAACUGCAUCAUCAGGCUCCGGACCUGGCUCUGGUGCGACUUCUAAUGCCGGUUCUAGCUCAAGUUCCUGGUCUGGUUCUGGCUCUAACUCUGACUCCGGCUCCGGCUCAGGGGCCGGAUCAUCUAGUUGGUCCAGCUCAUCGUCGGAUUCGUCAUCCAACUCAGGUUUUGGAUUCGGCCCUAGUUAUGGAUUCGGUCAGGGUUUUGGCGGAGGGCAAGGGUUUGGAGGAGGGUAUGGUUCUGGAGCUCGUCAAGGCUUCGGUAUAGGUGGUGGAAGAGGAUUUGGAGUUGGUAAUGGGUUCGGAGCCGGAGCUCGCGGUGGAAACGCUGGUUGGGGUAAUCACCAUUGA